AUGGCCACAGAAUCCGGAGGCUUAUCGAAAGCCGAGUUUCUACUCGUUCAAGAGCAACUUUUGCUGUUGAAAAACGAGAAUUACGAAUUGCGAGAAGAAAUAAAGAAGAAAAAUGCACAACAACAGCAUCAGAAUUCGCCGAAAAACGAGGCAUUGCAGUUUGCAUCGAAGCUCCUCAGCAAAGCUUCAUCUUCGAAAAAAGACGAAGAAAAGUCGGAAAUCGAUGCGCUUCGAAGAAAAUUGGAGACGCAGGAAGAAGAGUUUCGUCUUCAGCAAUCCACACUGUUUGAGGAACUCAAAACGCUUUCCUCACAAAAUCAAGAGCUGAAAGAUCAGAUUGGUGCUUAUUCGGAGCAUCCACUGGAGAAAGAAGCUGGAAGAUCUCUGGAAGAAUUAGAAGCAGAUCUGAAGAGUUUGACAGAAGAGAAGACGCUUUUGAGUCAAGAAACGAUUCCUUCGCUCAACAAAAAAAUAUCCUCGCUGAAAGAUGAGCUAGAAAACUGCCAAACUCUAAACGUGGAACUAGAAGAUCGUCUUCUAACGAUGACGACGGACGCAGAAGCAUCAUAUGGGGAGAAGGAGCAGUUGGUUGCUGAAAGUCUUUCAGUGAUGCAAGAAAUGGGACAACUUCGAGAAGAAAAUCAAUCGAUUGUGGAUGAAAUGCAGUUGAGAAAUGAUGAAAUCGUUGAGGAAAAUCGGAAGCUAGCUGAAGAGAAUCGAGAGUUGAAGAGUAGAUAUGAAGAGCUGGAAAAGCUAAAAACUGAAAAUAGCAAUCUUUUAGCUGAAAAUAAGCUGAAUCAAGAAAUCUCCAAAAAAUUCGCAGAACUUCAAGAAGAGAAACGCACUUUAUCGGAAAUUUCCCAGCAAGAAAUUUUCGAUCUAAAAAAGGAGUUGGAAUUAGUGAAAGCUGAGAACACUAAACUAUCAUCUGAAAUUGAACAAAACGCUGAAAAAUCUGCAAAAAACCAUGAGAAACUUCUAGAAGACAGAGUUCUUCUUCUCGAAACCCGUUAUCAAUUAGAAGUGGACGAUUUGAAAAAGAGCUUUGAGACAGAAAAAGAAGAAUUCCGACUUAAAAUCGUCAGUCUUGAGGAGAAGCUAAAAUCGGCGGAAGAGGAUAAGAAAAUGGCCGUGAAGAAGUCGACGGCGUUGGUGAAGGAACUUCAGAAGUCGUUGAAGGAGGAGAGAAAACGAGCGGAUUCGUAUGAGAGAAAAAGUGAAGAGAGGUCUGGAUGGCAUGUGGUGCCACCGGAGAAUGAUAGACAGAGUAGUCAUGUAGGUUUUAGAUUUAAAAAAACGCAAUUUUCCACAUUCGACGGCAACGAGAGCGUCUCCUCGAUGUCAGCUAUCGAAUCAGAGAACGUAGAGCUGAUUACUCGACUUGCCACGUUGCAGAAGAUACACUCGGAGAACGCAGAUACGAUCCUCCAAUUGGAAUCCGAAAAUAGUCGCUUGCGUCGUGAGGUCACUGAGAAAGGAGAGCUGAUAGAGAAUUUGAUUCGCGAGAAACCACUGGGAGCUGGAUUCCAGCCAAAUGGGUCUGGGCAGCAUCCGAAGAUAGAAGUUUCAUUCCGAAAACUCCUCAACACCCUCGGCCAAGAUUCUCGUGAUUCCGACGUCCGUGAGAUGAACAAAAAGUUGCAACGAAUGCUCGAAGAGACACUUUCCAAGAAUAUUAUCCUCCAAAGAAACCUUCAGACGCUGAUGGAGCGCUCUUGA